CUUCAUUGGUAUUAGUGAUCUCAUUCUCGUAAGUGUCAAAACUGUCAAAUUUCUAUUUUUGUGUAUCCGUGUGUCAGAAGAAAAGUAAUUUUUAAUAAAAACACCUUUUUUUUUAAAAAAAAAGAAAAAGUAUCUUAUUUUAUAAAUAUGGCUUCAGCUGGAGAGCCUCUAACAUUAGCAAGAGAUAUCAAAAGAUCCAUUGAGCUUCUAGACAAACUUCAAAAAGGUGGUGAAGUGCCUGCUACAAAAUUAGCAGCAUUACAAAAAGUACUUCAAAGUGAUUUUCUUAAUGCUGUUCGUGAGGUUUAUGAACAUGUUUAUGAAACAGUAGACAUCCAGGGAUCACAAGAUGUUAGAGCAUCAGCAACUGCAAAAGCGACUGUCGCAGCUUUUGCAGCAAGUGAAGGGCAUGCUCAUCCACGUGUUGUAGAAUUACCAAAAACAGAAGAGGGUCUUGGAUUUAAUGUGAUGGGAGGAAAAGAACAAAAUUCACCUAUUUACAUAUCGAGAAUUAUUCCAGGUGGUGUGGCCGAUCGUCAUGGUGGAUUAAAACGAGGCGAUCAGUUACUUUCCGUAAAUGGAGUCUGCGUUGAGGGUGAAAAUCACGAGAAGGCAGUCGAGCUUUUGAAGCAAGCUCAAAAUUCAGUGAAAUUAGUAGUUCGUUAUACUCCACGUGUUUUAGAAGAAAUGGAACUUCGUUUUGAUAAACAAAGAGCUGCACGCAGACGUCAACACAUGCAGUAAAGCCUUAAGGAUGCUUCUUUUUCUAUAUAUUAUAUAGUUCGUUAUACAAAAAAAGGAAAAAAAAAAAAAUUAUAUCAAUUCACUGCAUUUAUAGUAUUGCAAUUGUUUUUAAAAUUCAACAAUUAGAUACAUAAUACUUAUUUAAUAUUUAAGUUAUAAUCAUGUAUUACUUGCAAUAAUAAAUCAUUCACAACUAA